AUGAACAUCAAGUCCGGUUAUUGGGCACCACUCCUAAUAGUCCUAACCAUCUCCGCUCUCACUGUGACUACAGGUGUCGCACCCAAGGCAGAAAACGAGACGAUAUCACCCUGGAAAAGUGCUGUUCUCUUCUCGGAGGAGAUGUUCCUCAAUUGCAUGGGCAUUUUUGUAUCACUGGCCUCGUUUUUUAAACUGCGCCACCUCAAAUUCACCAUUGCUUCACGACAGAGCGUCAUUGAUGAGUUCGUAUUGUACAUUGCGUUCUUCUUCUCCGCCAAUUACCUCGUUGCUACCGUUGCACUGACUAGCUACUUCAACCGAGUCACUGAUAAUAAAAUUCAUAAGGACCUACUGAUGGGCCGGCUUGCUCUAAAUAUGCUGGAGCUGGUAGAAGUGCUUCUUCAGACCUACCUGAUUCAAGACUGCUUCAGAAGAUGCAGCGAAGAGGAAUUUCAGCAGAGGAUUAAACCAGGACGUCAAAUGAUUGCUGUACUGCUUGGAAUCAACCUCGCUGGAUGGGUGGUUAAGUCUUUCCAGUUGAAGGAGGCAGACAUUCUUUACAAUAUCACUGUUCGAGAUGAGAUUGCCUAUGGAUGGGUCCUGAUUGCCAUCACUAUGCCUGUCUUCCUGUUCUAUCGGUAUCACUGCACGGUCUGCCUGUCGCAAGCAUUCACGAUGCUGUAUGAGGAUGAGACCCGACGAUUUGAGGCGUUAUGGCGUCAGAACCCCAUCUACCUCUCCAACCUCCUGAGCCACACCUGCCUGACAGUGUGCGAAGAGGGUGGAGAUCAUUUUCACGCUAGAGAAAAUCUCAACUCCCCCCGCUUAUCAAGUAAGCAGUUGAAUGAAAUGCUCCACCGCAAAUUCUCUACCCAAUCCUUCCAACAAAUUGAGUAUAUGAUGCCACGUCGGGCUUCGUUCUUUAAUCCCAAUGUGGCUCUCUCCACCUCUACAACCAGUAUGCACGAUGCCGAAUUCCUUUUCGGUGGCGCGCCAUUUCACCAUCCCUCUCAACCCAACCCUAUGAACCCGGUUCAAAAGCUCUCUGCCAUUCCUUAUGCUCAAAAGAAACUCUCCGUGCCCAACCUCAAGCGCCUUUCCAUUGUGGGAGUUCCAAAGCCCUCCUAUCGAGGUUCUACCACCAACCCCGUAGGCGCUUUUCCAUCACGUCAUCCACUUACUGAAUCGGAAAGCUAUGAGGGACCAAAUUAUUUCCUCUCUAGAAUAUCCCCUACAACUCCCACUACUGCUUACGGAAAUGAGCAUGCGAUUCAAGCUACAGUUCUGUAUGAACAGCAUCAUGCACUAAACUCCUCCCACUCCCCUUAUCAUCAUCCUCACCAAAAAAGAAAUACAAUAGCUGCGCAUUCAUCCCUGAAACCUCCUAAUAGCCCCCAAAACCAAAAUCAUAAUAGGUCAAUAGAUGCUGGCCAACCUGGAGGAGAGCAAGAUGGAAUGCAGAGGCGACAGACCCUUGUGAACCUCGAGAAUGCAAAAUACCGAUUUCUGGCCGCAGAAAUGGCUCACAAGCGAGUGUUAGAACGAUCUGUUGAUGCCGCAGGUGAGAAUGGAAAGAAACGUCGCAGCAAAUCAUCCAAGAAGAAAUGGCAAAAAGGAGGAGGAAAGGCGGCAAUUAAAGGAGGAAAAGAUAAAAGCAGUCGCCAAAAGCCAGACCCUUCGUCUCUUAAUACCAACACCAACAACAAUGUGCCUUCAUGUAGUCCACCCCCUCCACCAGCAGUCAUUUUGAACCAUCCAGCAAUUAUCGAGUCUCCCGAGGUGCCAAUCCAUCAGUCCCAACAGGUGAGGGGGUUCGAACCGUCGAAGAUGGUGCCCCUAUUGAUUGCUAGGAAUAUGGUGAACACGACAGAUGGUGGUGAGCCGCUGUCGGCUGUCCCUGAGGAAGUCGGACAUGAUAGCUUGUCUCGCUCACCCCUUAUUAUUCUCUCCUCUGCACCCUCUUCCCCUUCUAAAAAUGGGAGCGAUUGUGAUAACAAUGGCUCACCUGAAAAUACAUUCCAGGUAAGAAGCUCGUGUAAUAAACUACUCUGGCAUAUAGCAACUUAA